CAGCCCGGAGGUGAGCGGGCGCGGCCAGCGUUUCCCGCAGGCACAGGAGGAGUCGGGUGCGGCAGAGGUUUGGAAACGGUGUGCCCGAGAGCCAAGUGCAGCCGCGUUGGGCUGCCAGUCUGUCUCCCUCCCUGCCUAGGAAGGGACCGGAGCGCGCUCCAGCUAGUGCAGAGGGGCGGGACGGCAGCCACUCUUUCGCCCUGCCGGCCACCCUGGGGACCCCAAGCUCCACCCUGCUCUGUUCCCAUUGGCCUCGGCCUCCCCCGCCCCCAGCCGCCUGCCCUGGCUCCCGGGCGUUUAGACUACUACGGAUAAAUAGCUCAGGGCGCCUGGCGCGAAGCUAGGGGUGGGGAAGCCCCAGGGCGCUGCCACUGCUUUCCUCGCCACGCAUCAGGCCAGACAGGACAGAGAGGGGUGGGGGACAGUCCGGUGGGCAUUCAGACUCCCGGCACUUUGCUAUCGCACGGCUGGGGCUCCGGAGCGGCAGAAAGUUCCGGGCAACCUCUGCCGCUCCUCUGGGCGAGGCCAGGACGGCGCCGCCCCCCCGCCGGGAUAUGGAGCUGCUGUCGCCGCCGCUCCGCGACGUAGACUUGACGGGCCCAGACGGCUCUCUCUGCUCCUUUGCCACGGCGGACGACUUCUAUGACGACCCAUGUUUCGACUCGCCAGACCUGCGCUUCUUCGAGGACCUGGACCCGCGCCUAGUGCACGUGGGCGCGCUCCUGAAGCCCGAGGAGCACUCGCACUUCCCUGCGGCCGUGCACCCGGCCCCGAGCGCGCGCGAGGACGAGCAUGUGCGCGCGCCCAGCGGGCACCACCAAGCGGGCCGCUGCCUGCUGUGGGCCUGCAAGGCAUGCAAGCGCAAGACCACCAAUGCCGACCGCCGCAAGGCCGCCACCAUGCGCGAGCGGCGCCGCCUGAGCAAAGUUAAUGAGGCCUUCGAGACGCUCAAGCGCUGCACGUCCAGCAACCCGAACCAGCGACUGCCCAAGGUGGAAAUCCUGCGUAACGCCAUCCGCUACAUCGAGGGCCUGCAAGCUCUGCUGCGCGACCAGGACGCCGCGCCCCCUGGCGCCGCCACUGCCUUCUACGCGCCCGGCCCUCUGCCCCCAGGCCGCGGCGGCGAGCACUACAGCGGCGACUCGGACGCUUCUAGCCCGCGUUCCAACUGCUCCGACGGCAUGAUGGACUACAGCGGCCCCCCGAGCGGUGCCCGGCGGCGGAAUUGCUACGAAGGCGCCUAUUACAGCGAGGCGCCCAGCGAACCCAGGCCGGGGAAGAGUGCGGCCGUGUCGAGCCUCGACUGUCUGUCCAGCAUCGUGGAGCGUAUCUCCACGGAGAGCCCCGCCGCACCCCAGCUCCUGCUGGCCGACGCGCCGCCGGAGUCGCCUCCGCGCCCGCAAGAGGCGGCCACCCCAAGCGAGGGCGAGCGCGGCGCCCCCACUCCCUCCCCGGACGCUACCCCGCAGUGCCCUGCGGGCGUGAACCCCAACCCGAUCUACCAGGUGCUCUGAAGGGGCAGGCUGCCGCGUUGUAGGGCGCCGCUGCCCUCCCGCCCGAGGGAUGGUGUCCCUAGGGUCCCUCGCGCCCAAAAGAUUGAGUUUAAGUGCCCCUCACCCACCCCCACCUCCCCCCGCCAACAGCGCUUUAAAAGCGACCCCUCCAGAAGCUGGAGAGGCGGGAUAACUUAAGUGUGCUUCUGGACCCCGUCCCCCAGGGCAAGGACACAGUCCAUUUCUUCCACACAGCACCCUUUCCCGGAGACCUUCCGCUAUGGCCGCUCGGUGUUCCUCGGUGGGCCAGAGCUGAUCCUUGAAGGGCUAGGUCCUUCCCCUUCCUUUGCCUCCUCCCGCAUGGAGGGAUGGAUAGACCCUGCCCCCGAACACACAGGUUGUUUGGAAGUGGCGUGGCCUCUCCUUUCGGGAGCCCUCGCGACAUCCACCCUUUCCCACCGCCUGCAAGGUGCACUCCCGUCCCAAGUGUAACAGGUGUAACUGUAACCCACCCCCACCCCGUCCCCUGGUUCAGGACCACUUUUUGUAAUACUUUUUGUAAUCUAUUCCUGUAAAUAAGAGUUGCUUUGCCAGAGCAGGAGCCCCUAGGGCUGUAUUUAUCGCUAAGGCAUGGUGUGUGGUGCAACAGGGACUUUGUAUGUUUAUAUGGCAGGCGGGCGAGCUGCGGGCGCUCGCUCAGGUAUUCGAAAUAAAGACGCUAAUUUAUA